UUCCUCCUUGUAGCCAAAACUUAGCUUACAAGUUAGUGGGUGCUGUGUAUGUAUGGACGUUUGGUUUCCCAGAACAGACCACCGAGGUUUUCAAAGCAAACAGACAGACCACCGAAAAUGAAUUCUCGUCGCUUCGCUUUCACUGUCUCGGCCAUUCUCUUCUUCACGAUCGUUCCCUAUGUUCAGAAGAGCCACGCAGCAAAUGAAGUGCCUGAAUGGAGCUUCAAACCCUCGUCGCCGUUUUCAACUGCGCUCGAAACCCUUCAGAAGCAAAUUGGCUAUACUUUCCAGAGCAUUGGUCUACUUCGCCGUGCAAUGACACAUGGCUCCUUCUCUGAAGAGAAUAACCGAGCGUUGAGCAUUCUAGGUGCCAAUGUGAUCGAAACAUCUGCUCUCCGAUUACUUGGAAUAGAUAUCGAUAUUUCUGCAAAAGAGCUGAACCGUCGCAUAGCAGAGAUCUCCACAGUGGAAUCGUCUUGCUUGGUGGAUGGGAUGCGGCUGGGGUUGCAUAAGGUGGUCAGGGUUUCUCCCAAGACUAAUUCUUCGACUCCUGCAGUGGUUUGCGGUGCUUUCCGAGCAAUCUUCGGUGCUAUUGCUAUUGAUACUGGGAAGUCCGAUGAUGCGGGAAAAGUUUUCUUGAGCGUUCAUGGUGGUAAUGUUGGAGGAGAUUUUGCAUUCUAAGUUGAGCUUUCUGUUAGUACGCUGUUAAAAACACUUAAAACCAAACUACUAUUGUCUAGUUAUGAGUUUAGUCUUGGUGGAAAGAUCUGUCGGUGUGUUACUUGCUUUUCCUAGUUAGCUGGACUAUUGAUGUAUUUAUGAAAUAGACUAUCAUGGGCCGUUGGUCUGUAUAAUGUAAUUACUUAUUUAAGUUUGUGUUAGAAUAUAAAUUUCUCUAGUCACAGUGUGUUUUAA